AUGGAAAGGUUUAGAUAUGCUGAUACUUUAAUUUUUAUUAAUGGUCCUUUGACUGAUGAGUCUGUGUUACAUAAUAUAGAAAUUCAAAAAGUUGGAAAAAAUUUAAAAUUAAAAGAAGGAGAAAUAGGUAAUUAAAAGCAAAGUUUCAUCUGCUUUUAGUGUCAAACAAACUAACCAUUUGGUCCAAGAUACAUAUCAUUGAAUAAUCAAUUAGGAAGAUUUGUUGAAGAUGUAAUCUAAUUGAUAAUAUAUUUAGAAUUAUAUCGAUUAUUGUUAAUUGUGUUUUACUAAGAUUAAGAGUUAAAAUUUGAAAACAAGAGAGCUUACUCUAUUUACAAGAGUUCUCUUUGAUUAUGGAGAAUAUUCAAUGUUUUGA